AUCCUUCACUGGUUUAUGAGAUAAAUCUGCUGGCAUACAACCAACACGGAGAUGGCAAUGCCACCAUGCGCUUUGUUUCACUACGAGAGGCUUUGGAGAAAUCUGUUUUAGAUGCCUCCUGUGACUGUGUGCAAGACGAACAGAGCAAGACAUCCACCACCGGCAUUAUAAUUGGUAUUCACAUUGGAGUCACCUGCAUCAUCUUCUGCGCUCUCUUCCUCGUCUUCAGCUACCGUGGCAGGUUGAUGAUCUGUAAGGCAGCUCAGGCCACCCCCCAGGCGGCAAACAGCACCGCACUGGAAUACUCUUCUUCCCAGGAGGGCUCUGGCCUGAACGCAGCCACCAGAAGAGAAAUGGAGGUCAAUUGCAGUGCCGGAGGGAACAAAAUGGUUGACAGCAAGGAGCUGGUGAGACUCUUCCCUCAAGCCAACAU